AUGAAUAAUACAGCCAACCUGAUGCAAACAUCAGAAGAAUCAUCAGACCUAAAUUAUUUAUCCAAUGUUAGUAAUACUACUGAUAACAGUGAAAAUAUUGACAAUGGUACAAAUAAUCGUAAACGUAAAUGCUCGGACACAUUGAUCACUGAUCAAUUGGAUGAACCAAAUGAAGUGAAACGUCAAUGUUUAUCAUCCUCAUCAAUUCAAAAUGAAUUUAAGCAUUGGCUGGUAUUCACUGUUGUCACAGCUGGGAAACAAGGCUUAGAGUUGGGAUCUGAUCAAACACCCCUAAUUCAAUUCAAUGGAAUAUUAGGUGAUUUUUUGGAGAAUAAAAUUAUCGAUCGAAUCAAGAUCACUAUUCGCCCGGAACAUUUUACACGAACGCAUCAGUCUUCCAUAGAUGUAAUCAAUAACAAUAAAUCUCAAAUCAAAGCGAAUAUGAACAGUAAUCACGAGUCGAAAUCCGAUUAUCAUUAUCAACAUCAAUAUUCUGGGAAUAUUUGUCAAAAUAAAGCUAACGAAUUAUCAUCACCCGCAACUCCAUCAUCCAACUCCAUGACUGUUAUCGAUCCGAUAAAAUGCACUACCAUAGUAAAUGGUGUGAAUAUCACGGCAGACGCAUUACACGCUGCAGAUUUACAAAAUUUAUCACAAUAUGAAAUGAAUAGUUUAAGUUUUAAAGAAUCUAUAAUGAAGAUUUCUCAUUGGUUACAUGAUCAUGGAGCCCUUGAUCAUGAUGAUGAUAAUCGCUUACCGAUCGAAAAGUCCAAUAUACUACUGAUCGCAGAGAAUCAUCAAUCUGUACGUAAUGUUAUACAUGCUGAAGCAGCUUAUCGUAAUUUAGAUAGUGAAUUAAUGCAUCAGUUACCUUGGUUAGUUUAUGUAAAUUUACUAGAAUGCUGUCAACAAUUCCUUCACAACUCCAAUAAUUCAAAUGAUGAAAAUCCUAUUGAUCAGAAACAAGAAAUCAUUGAAAAGCAGGCGAAAAAAGAAUAUCAAUUCAAUAGUAUACAUGAAGCUGCUUGUGGUAAGUGGAAGAUGUAA